AUGCCACGUAAGCUACGUAAGAAUAUACGUAAGAGGAAGGGAGCAUUGAAACAUCCAAUAGUAAAACUGACACCACAACAACAGUUGCAACAACAAAUGAUGAAUGACCCCACUAUGUUGCAACAAAUGUCAAGCAACCCUAUGCUUUUAAACCGAGUUAUUGGUGCACAGAGUGGAGGUUUAAGAGCGGCACUUUUAGCGAAAAUGGCAGGCUAUGGUGGAGCUGCAGACGGAACAGCUUAUAACCCUCAAAGUCAAAUGAAUUUGAGUUCACUCAAAAAUCAAAUAACAGAUGUCAAAAAGUCAAACAUAGACAUACAGAAACAAAUAAGUGAAAACGAAAAGAAACUAGAAUAUGACAGACACACAAAGAAACUCAAUGAGUUAAACGUAGAGAAAAAGAAGAAAGAAGAACAACUGAAAGAACUAAGUACAGAGGAAUAUGCGAAAAAAGUGUCAGAAAAAGCAGCAGAAGUAGCAAAAAUGGAACAAGAUGUUAUAAAUUUGAAAAACCAUACUACUCAAUAUAAAGUACUGAAAGAUGAAGAGAUAAAACAAAAAGCCCUGAAGACAUAUAUGGAUAGCGAUGAGUAUAAAAAAGAAG